CACAAAACAGCUCAAUUGCACCUACAAUGCCUCCCCCACCGCGUCCCCAGACCCCCGAAGGCGGCAAGACCCUCGUCUACUCGACCGUCGACGGCCACGACAUAAAACUCGACUAUUAUCUCCCGCGCGGUACCACCAGCGGCAAGCUCCCAGCCAUAAUCUACUACCACGGCGGCGGCAUGACAGCAGGGUCACGUCGAGGAGGACACUUUCCCACCUGGCUCUACGACCACUGCCAAAAACGCAACUACAUCCUAAUAGCGGCCGACUACCGCCUCUGCCACCCCAGCACAGCCCUCGACCAAAUCGCCGACGCCAAAGCGCUCCUCACCUUUCUAACCAGCCCAACCUUCCAAUCCGCCCUCUCCUCCUCCUCCUCCUCCUCCUCCUCCUCAAACCCCAAAACCGAACCCCUAAGUCUCGACCCCACCCGCAUAGCGGUAACAGGCUUCUCCGCCGGCGCCUACUCCGCGCGCGCCGCCUGCGUGUACGGCACCCCCAAGCCCGCCGUGCUAAUGACGGCCUACGGUACGGGAGGCAACCUCCUCCUAGACCACUGGACACAGCCACGGCCCCCGACCUCGAUCGCGAAGCUGGUCAACCUGGACGACGUGCCGCGGCUGCUAGCCGACAAGCGCGUGGUGAGCGACGACGCGGACGCCGGCUCGAACCGGUUCGCGUUGACGGUGCGCUGGGAGAUGGACGGGACGUUUCUGGAUGGGUGUUUCGGGUGGCCAGGGCUUGGGGCGGCGCUGAAUAAGGUUGAGUAUGCGGAGCGGGCGGCGGCGGUGCCGGCGGAGUUGAGGGCGGGGUUCUUGCAGGAGUUUGUGGGGGAGGGGUAUCCUCCUGCUGUGUUUGUGCAUGGGACUGCUGAUGAGGUGGUGCCGGAUCUGGAGAGUCGGUUUCAGCAUGAGCAGCUGGGGAGGUUGGGGGUUCGGACGCGGUUGUUGCUUGUUGAGGGCGCGGGGCAUGGGCUCGUGGAUCCGGAGUCUGGGUGGCCGCCGAGGUUGGCGGAGGGGGCCAUGGAGGCGUAUGAGGAGGCGUGUACGUUUAUUGAUGCGGCGUUGAAGGGGGGGUUGUGA